GCGUCGGCUCAGGUGAGGGGGCCGGGCCUGCCCGGGSUGGGGUGGUGGCACAAGGCCGCGGUGCGCCGGCCGGGCCGGGCCGAGCUGAGGGGAGGCGGCGGCGGCAACAACCCGGAACUGGCAGCGGAGCGGAGCAGCCAUGCCGCCGCCCAAGGACGUGGUGAAGAUCGCCAUCCAGAUGGUGGGAGCCAUCCCGCAGCUCAUCGAGCUGCAGCAGACCAAGCCGCUCGCCUCGGUGCUCAAGGACGUSUGUGAUGCGUGGAGCCUGCCCAACGCCGAGCGCUACGCCCUGCAGUACGCGGACGGGCGGCAGACCUACAUCACCGAGUCGAACCGCAGGGACAUUAAGAAUGGGAGCAUUCUACGGCUGACCACCUCCCCGGACCAAGAAGCAGAGCAGUUGUAURUCGGGAUCCAGAGCAAGAAUGUGGAUGUGAAGACUGACUCACUGAAGAAGCUUGCAAGCCUCUCCCAGGAUGUUACCUUUGCUCAAGAGUUCAUCAGCAGGAAUGGCUUGAAGCAAAUCUACUCUAUUGUGGAAGAAGGACAUGAUACAGGGGAGAUCCUGACUCACACCCUGAAAGCCUUCACAGAGCUGAUGGAGCACGAUUUUGUUUCCUGGGAAAAUCUUAGUACAGUCUUCAUCAGGAAGAUAGUGAGUUAUGUCAACAUGAAUGCAGUGGAUGCAUCUAUCCAGCAGCUCUCCUUGUCUAUCUUGGAGAAUAUGGUGCCUACCAGCCGCCUCCUCUUUGAGCUGGUCAAAAAAGAAGUGACAUUGGACCGUCUUCUCACCCACCUGCAGGCGACAAAUGCCCAGCUGCAGCUGAAGGCGAUGGCUCUGCUCAUUGCGCUGCUGCUGAGCGCGACCGACACUGAGCGGCGGGACAUGAUGGAUUACCUGAGGGAGAAGAACAUCAGGCAGUUUAUCCACAAGAACAUCAUCCACAGCUCUGAGCCACUGGGGGAUGAGAUGGCCCACUACCUUUAUGUGCUGCAGUCUGUCAGCCUCAACCUGUGCGAGCAUCGCAUGAAAACCUCCAUGGAUCCCUACUCACAGGAACAGCGGGAUCUCCUCCAGUCCCUGCGCCAAACUGCCUUUGAGUCRGAGAGCGAGGCAUCCACGGGCAACUUCAGCACCGAGCGCCGGCGAUCCCUGUGCGCCAAGGAAUUCCGCAAGCUGGGCUUCAUGAACAAYAGCAACCCAGCAGAGGAUCUCCGCCGUGCCCCACCAGGACUCCUUGCCCUGGACAACAUGGUGUAUUUCUCCAAGAACACCCCUAAUGCCUACAGCAGGUUUGUCCUUGAGAACAGCAGCCGGGAAGACAAACACGAAUGUCCCUUUGCUCGAAGCAGCAUCCAGCUCACCCUGAUCCUCUGCGAGAUCCUGCACGUCGGAGAGCCGUGCUCGGAGACGGCUCAGGCCUUUUACCCUAUGUUCUUCGGGCAGGAUCAUUUCUUUGAAGAGCUAUUCUGCAUCUGCAUCCAGCUAGUGAACAAGACCUGGAAGGAGAUGAGAGCAACCCAGGAGGACUUUGACAAGGUGAUGCAGGUGGUGCGGGAGCAGAUCACCAGGAUCCUGGCCCUCAAGCCCACGUCCCUGGAGCUAUUCAAGACCAGRGUGAAUGGAAUGAACUACAGCGAGAUCCUGAAACUGCGGCAGAUGGAGCGGCUGCACCAGGAGGAGACGCUGGCUGUGCCCGUGCUGGAACUGCGGGAGAAGCUGAAGCCAGAGCUCCUGGAGCUGAUCCGACAGCAGCGCCUGCUGCACCUCUGCGAGGGAACUCUGUUCCGCAAGAUCAGCAGCCGCCGCAGGCAGGACAAAUUGUGGUACUGCCGCCUGUCCCCCAACCACAAGGUGCUGCACUAUGGRGAUGUGGAGGAGGGGGUGCAGUCUCCCCCCAUCGAGAGCCUACUGGAGAAAAUUCCUGUGGCGGACAUGAAGAUGCUUCUGGUGGGGAAGGAGUGUCCACACACAAAGGAGAAGAGCUCUGGGAAGCAGAACAAGGAUGUCCUGGAGCUGGCCUUCUCCAUUGUGCAUGAUGUGGAGGAAUACUGCCUCAACUUCAUUGCCCCCAACCGGUAUGAGUUCUGCCUGUGGACGGAUGGGCUGAAUGUGCUCCUGGGCAAGGAGAUGACAAGUGAGCGAACACAAACAGACCUCGAUGUCCUGCUGUCCAUGGAGCUCAAGCUGCGGCUCUUGGACCUGGAGAACAUCAGCAUUCCUGACAAACCCCCUCCCAUCCCAAAGCCCCCCAGCAACUUAAACUUCUGCUAUGACUUCAGUCAGGCAGAACAAUGAGUUCCUCCCUGUAYCCUGUCCCCACCCUCUAUGYCCCUCAAAAUCAAACCCCUCCCUCCAGGUUCUGUCCCUCAUCUCUGGCCCAAAGGGACAAGCCYAGGUGCUGGCUGGGGGCUUGGGUGUCCCACCCUUCCCUGCCUGUGUCCUGUCCUCCUGUGAGAUCCUGGCAAUGAGCCAUCAAGCAUCAGCCUCCUGUUCAAGGGAGGUGACCUGGCUACUCUGCCUCCCUUCCAUGGGCAGGUGAGAUGAAAUACAGACAGCUAAACACUUUUGUGGUGGCACUGAUUACCCCACACUGCAGCCAGGCUUUGGGCAGAGAGGGCAAGGAUGUGGACAGGAAAAAAGGUACAAGCAUCCCUGGGACAGCUGGAGUGGGAGUAACACUACAMAGGUACAAAUCUGCACUGCCUCACUUUUGCCAUCAGCGUAGGGGAUCAUCUCUGAACAACAAAGUGGUUAGAAAAAGGAUAGAACACACCUUUCCAUUAAGUUUGUCAAACAGAUGGCAUCUCUAGAGCACAAUGUGCCUGCCCURCACGGUCUUUCCUGCACUGAAAGGUGUUUUUGCUGAGCCCUCUGCACUGUCCUGGAAUUGAGAUGUUUAGGGUACAAGCUCCCUUUCCCAGCACCAUUCAGCUGGGCCUGGUGUGAGGAGGAGACCCCGGUCUGCCCACUGUGCCAAUCCUGGUGCCUUCUCCUGCCCCAGGUGGAUACUUGCACACUUCAGCCAUGCUGCUGCACUACUGCACCACGACAAGCUACCUCCUCCCCAGCCCUCACAGCCCCAUCCCAGUGCCCUGCACCUCUUYGUGCCUGCAGCUUCUCCCGAGGGUGCUGUGCUAACAGCCACAGAUCGGCAGGGAUCCAGUCAUGCCUCUGCCUCCUGUGUAUUGGGACAAUAAACACUUGUGGAGAACUUGGAGCCGUGUCCUUUCCAAAGAUUUGGGGAAGGGCUCRGACUGACUGUCAAAAGGGGCCAGAGUCGGUAAGGGUGGGAUGGCAACACUGUGCGAGCUGGGCAUGGAGCUGGAGCUGUUCAGCCUUGAGAAGUUAUGACUGAGGGGACCUCACCAAUGUCUGUCAGUGUCAGAGGAUGGACCAGCCUCUGCUCAGUGGUGCCCAGGACAAGAGGCAUCGAGCAGAAGCUUAUGCACGGGAAAUUCUACCUGAAAAUUAGGAUGGUCCCACUCUUUUCUUUGCUGGGCGGGUGACCACGCACUGGAUUGCAUGC